CCCAAGAAGUAUAAAUGUGAGUAUGAAGGGUGUGAUAAAAUCUAUAAUAGGCCAUCUUUAUUAAAGCAACAUGAACGAUCUCACACUGGUGAAAGACCCUUUGUUUGUAAGUAUGAAGGUUGUGGGAAAGCAUUUUUACGUAAUUACCAUCUUAAUACUCAUCACAUAUCCCAUGAGAGUCUGGAAAAUAAACCAUUUCAUUGCUCUGUAUGUGGUAAAGGGGUUAAUAGUCCUCAGCAUUUAAAACGUCAUGAAGUUACUCAUACUAAAGCUUUCAAGUGUACUUGGGAGGGUUGCUCGGAAGCCUUCUAUCGUCAUCCAAGUUUAAGACAUCACAUUUUAUCGGUUCAUGAGAAAACAUUAACUUGUAAAAUUUGUGGUAAAACUUUCCCUAAACCAAGUAAAUUAGCUAAUCAUACAAUUAAAUUUCAUAGUGAUUCUCCAAUAUAUCAAUGUGACCAUACUGGUUGCUUCCGUAAUUUCCCAACAUGGUCUGCUUUACAAUUACAUAUGAAAACUGAACAUCCAAAAAUUAAAUGUACCAUUUGUGGGAAAGGGUGUGUUGGUGAAAAAGGUCUUAAAUCUCAUAUGAUGAGUCAUGAUACUACUAAUCUGGUUAAGAUUUGGAAUUGUAAAUAUUGUGAAGAAGGUAAAUUUAUGAAAAAAUUAGAUCUUAUAAAACAUUAUAGAGAAUUUCAUGAUGGUAAUGUUCCUCCUGAUUUAUUAAAAGCUCAUGAAAGAUUAGAGCUUCAAAAACUUUUAAGUGAAGCAGAAUCUACUCAAAUAAAUAAAUCCUCUCUUAAAGAUUUGGAAAAUAAUGGCUUUAAAGAAAUCUCAGAUAAUGAUGAGAGCUCAGAUGAAGAAGAUAUCAUUUCUGGCUAUAAACAAUCAAUGAGAUCAAUCGAAUCUUUUACUUCAACCGUUCAAUCGGGUAAAUUUUCAAUUGUUGAUCUUUUAUCCUCCAAUUAUCAAACUAAAAGAAUUGAGUGUCCUAAAAAAUAUUGUGAUAGGAAAUUUAGAAGAGAAUAUGAUUUAAGACGUCACUUAACCUGGCAUGAAGCUCAUUUGAAGAAAAUUGAAGAAUUUCUUCAAUCUUUGGAACAGGAAGAAUCU